UCCUGGCAACCGGACGCCAGCCUCGGCCUAGGGAGCGAGGCGGCAGCAAUGGACCAGACAAUCAUGGCCAUCGCCUCCGCCGCAAAACCAAGCCGGAAGGCAUCUUUUGAAAGAGAAGGAUGGUGGAGAAUAGCAUUAACAAACACUCCUAAUCCUGGCACUUACCACUUGAAAACUUUUAUUGAAGAAUCUCUAUUAAAUCCAGUGAUAGCAACAUACAGUUUUAAAAAUGAAGGAAGGAAAAAACCACCUCUUCUGCAAAGAAACGAUCUGGUACUAAGUGACCUUCCCCAGUACAUGCCUCCUGACUUCUUGGACUUGUUAAAGAAGCAAGUGGCCACCUACUCGUUUAAGGACAAACCACGGUCAAACCCCAGCACGCUGGUUUACAGAGAUCAGUCAGUUCAGCUUUCGCCAGGACAAUACGAGCUACUUCCUGCACCAGUUCCCAAGCAUGCUUCCAGGAGCUUUGUAUUUCGUUCUACAGUUCAAAGGUUUCCAACAGGCUGCUUCACUCCUCGUGAAGGCCCAGGACCAGGUCAUUAUAACUUGAAAAUACCUUCAGUAAGUUCUGUUACUUCCUGUUUUCAAUCCAGAGUACCUCGAUUCUUGCCUGCCUGUUCAGGAAUGCAGACCUCAGGCAGCACUGCGGAGGGACCAGGAAGAGAGCUCACAAUAAAACCACUGCAUUAGGAGGUCACAGGGCCAAGAAGACAUUCCUAUUUUCCUGCCACACAGAAGCAAUAUUCCUGCCCCACCGGAGCUGGGGAGACUCCGCUGACGAGGGGCUGUGUGUGUGUGCAAGAACUCAGCUUCUACACACACACACACGCACGCGCGCGCAAGACUUCCAGGUCCUCCCAUUGCCUCAGGCUGCCUGGACCCUCUCAGCCCUCUGCCACGGCUCAGGAAGCCAACAAGGAAGGAGAAGUCUAGGGCAGGUGGGCUGUCCUGGAUGCGGAGGCAUGGGGCCCUGGAACCAGAGACCUUGCUGUUCUAUGUACUGCCCGCCUCAUCCAGCGUCAGGGAACCUCCAGAAGGCCGGGUGCCGAGUUUCACUUCUCAGCUGCUCAGGACACCUUUCCUCCUUCAAGUCAGGAGGCAGCGGCUGAACCAGCCUAACAAGACUACGGGCUCGAGCGUAGGGCCUCCCCGAGCCUGGCCUUCCCAGCUCUUCCUCUCCAGCAGCCUCAGGGCCCAGCAUGCCCCUUUAGCUGCAGAGUCUCACCCGACAUAUGCGACGGCAAGAGGGGGUCUCAAAUCCCCCUCGUCCCUCAACGCAGACCCUAGCUCACUGGGCCGGCUCCCCUCGCUCUCAGCCAAGGUCAGCCUGGCCUCACACU